AUGGAGACAUAUAAUGAUUUAGACAGGGACGAGCUUCUGCAACGUCUACUGGCCCUCGAGAAGGAAUUCAAUGCGUAUAUAGGCGAGUCCAAGGAGCUGGAAGAGUUUCUGGAAGGCGAGGUUGAGCGGUUGACCGGGCAGGCCCAGACUGCAGAGGACAGAAGCAGGAGGCUUGAAGAACAACUGGACGCGGCCAACCGCCAUAAUAUCGAACUCACGCGACAAGUGGCACUUUUAGACGAUGAAAAGAGAGCGCAGGCCAGCGAACUGAACGAGAAAGUGCGAACUCUGGAGAAAAGACUCAUAGACACAGAAGUGAUCAACGACGGCCUGGAAUCGAAGCUGCGCAUUCUUGAGUCUUCCAGAGACGACGAGGACGUACGGCUGGGCGAGUUGAUGGAGCGCAUAGCAUUUUUGGAAAGCGACAAUCUCGACAAGAACCAGCUGAUAGGCCAGCUCCAGCACCAGAUACAGGUCCUUCAGAGAAAGAACGAGAGCCUUGCGCAGCAGUGCGACAAGUAUGAGAAGUUCAGCAAACUAAUGACGAUUAAUAGAACGGAAUUGAAGGUAGCCAAGUUCCAGACUCCUCCAAUUAACGAAUGA